AUACGACGGAAGGGGGAAGCUGCUAUGGAGGUAGAAAUAUUAUAAGAGGAGGCGAGGUUCUCUAGGGGCGGUACAUCGACGGUGGAGGCGCUUGAGGAGAAUAGUUUUGCUUUAUUGAGCAGCACGGCGGAAGAAGAUGGAGGCGAUCGAGACAAAGGGAUUGUUGCCCAGAAGUUAGACGAGUGAAAGGGACUCGGUGAAGGAAAUCAUGAAGAACUUGGCAGAAGCGCCACUACUGAUCUACUUGUAUUCAGACGAAAACAAGAAGAAGUUGGAAAUGGAGAAGGCGGUGGAGGAGGGGAUUGGAAGAAGUUGAUUGCAAAUUGGAAGAAGCAGGAGUUAUUGCUGCUGGAAAGGGUCAUUUUCAUCGAGCAACUCCAGGAAGACGGGAGAGUCGUCGAGCUAGGGGCAGUAGAAGAAAGGAAUUAAAUUAAACUUCAUCUCUGUCAAAAAAUGACAGAAGGCGAAAGGUUGGAUUCGGUCACCCAAUUCGUCCAUUUAGCUUGCACUCUCUAAUCCUCAGUUUGUCUUCCUAAUUUUUACCAUCUCCGCCUCCAUUGACGCUCUUUCCCUGCAAAUUCCCAGUUGAACUCUCAAUUCACAACUUUUGACGAGCUCCUACCAAUGCCUCAAAUGGUCCCGCAACCUCCUCUCCAAUCUCCUCGCUAACCUCGACCUCCUCUCCAACAAAGGAAACUUCUUCAUCCGUACCAAGAACAUCGAGAAGGUCGAAUGUGAGGCCUAUGUCGACAUUCCCAAGGACAAAAUCAUCCCCGAAUACGGGCUCUGCGUCGCUCUUUCCUAGGAAGGCAAGGAGAAAGACACUAAAGGGAAGUUCAUGCUCAAAUUCGAUGAAUCUGUGGAUACCACUUACAUCAACGACUAAGGAGGAAUUGCGAUGUUUUCCACAUCAGCAUGCUAACUUUACCUCUCAGCCUAUCUAGGAUUUGCGAUGUUUUCCACAUCAGCAUGCUAAGGGCGUAUCGAUCUAACCCUGAGCAUGUGAUUAGGCAUGAGGAAAUCAAAUUGGAGGAUGAUUUCACGUAUGCGGAGGUCCCAGUUCAGAUCGUGGAUAUGCAGGAAAAGGAGUUGAGGAGGAAGAAGAAAUUCAUUCCGAGCAAUUCACGACUAUGCCCACAGCUAUGACCCGGGCCGUGAAGAAAUCUUCAAGACGACCCCAAAGAGACACCGGAUCAUUUAACUAUUGGGAUAGGGUUUAGUUCACGGGUGGCCCCACUGUUGUGACCGCACCCGUGAACGACCCUAUGCCUUAUUUAUUUAAGCGUCUCUAAUCGGAUUGAAGAGAGGAGUUCAGCAAAAAACCCUAAAAUUGAAC